UUUUUUCUUUUUUUUUCGUUGUUGUCUUUCUUCUUAACUUCUAAACUUUUAUCAAAUAUGUCCAAUUGGAAAAACGUUAAUAACUGGCACUGGGUGAACAAAAACUGUCUGCCUUGGUCUCAAACAUACUUUAGUGAACAACUUGGAGCUAUCAAGGUGGAAAACAAUGGUCUUGAAGUAGUCAUUAAAACUGUGGAUACUGAAGGUGAUGUUGAAUUAUGUCAACGCAAAGGCAAACUGAUCACUAUCUUUGAUGUCCGCAUUCAACUGGCUUGGAAAGGUACUUCUUCUGAUGGAACGGAAGCUUCUGGAAAGAUCGUUAUCCCCGAAGUGGCUCAUGAUACUGAUGAAGAUGAAUAUGUGUUUGAUAUUUCAGUGGAAAAUGAAACAACUGCCAAACAAGGUUUCCGAGAUGUGAUUAAGAAGAACUUGAUUCCUAUUUUACGUAAGAAGUUGACCGUCUUCUCUUCUGAUUUGAUCAAAAAUCAUAGUUCCGAUGUGUAUAUUGAAAAUGGAAAAAAUGCUAUUCAACCUGGCGUCACCAAGGAACGUAGCAAUGUUACUCAUAUCAAUAAGUCCACCACUAGUACUACUUCCUCUACAACAGUAUCAAAUGCUCCUACGAAAAAAGUGAAUACGACCUCUAUCACUGAUGAUGUUGAAUUCCAAACGUCUGCACAUGAAAUCUAUGAAACUUUAUUGGACACUCAACGCCUUCAAGCUUGGACUCGUGGUCCUGUCAAAAUGUCACGCGAAGUUGGUAGUACUUUCGAACUUUUCAAUGGUAAUGUGUCUGGCAAAAUUAUGGAAUUGAUCCCUGACAAGAAGAUUGUUCAAUCAUGGCGAUUGAGUUCAUGGCCUGCUGGUCAUUAUUCUACGGUGACUUUUGAUUUUGAUCAAGGUAGUGAUAGUACUAAGAUCAAUGUCAAUCAAACUGGUGUACCUUUGGGUGAAGAAGAAACCACUCGCAACAACUGGAAUGGGUAUUACUGGCGUGCUAUCAAACAAACCUUUGGCUUUGGUGCGGUGUUCUAGAAGAAUUAGCUAUAGUUAGAUGAUUUUUAUAAAAUUUAUACAAUGAAAAUAAAUCAACAUUUUUUUUUUCCUCAA